AUGUCUGAUGAAGCAAGGUCAAAUGCAGACAGAGAUCUCCUGGCGCGGCUAAAUGCGUUGAAAACGUCGGCCGUGUCUUUUGAAGAGACAAAUUUUCAAACACCUCUCGGAAAGGGGCCCAAUAUUUUGCUUGAUCCUAGCCCUGCUCGCGCGCUCCAUUCCGACCUCUUGACGAGAUGGAAAUCUCUCGGAGGGAGUCCUGCCUCGUCUCAGCCCAAAGACCCCACCACUUCCGCGGAAAAGUCUGAAGAUGAGAAAACGGUGGAAGAACUUCUGGCAGAUUUAGGGCCUUCAGAUGCGUGGGAAGUCCCACAGAGUGAAGAGGAGCAGGUCGCAGAUCUGCUGCGGACUGCAAAAUCAGCGCUGGCAGAUGCGUCACACACACAAGGUGAACGAUCACAAGAAGAUCAGGCUGAAGGUACAGGGGAGGAUCAUAUUCCUACAAAGCUCCCGGCGAUCGAUGUCUCUGUGUUUCAACCCGGGCCAGAAACAGACGAAAGUCCAGUCACCGCGGUAGGCACCAAGUCGAAAGACACUUUGGACCAGGAGGCCGACGAACUGCUGGCAAGGAUCUUAGAUGAGGCCAAGCUCGAAGCUGCAGAGACACAGGAAGAAAAUGCGAGCCGGGCAGAAGAUGAUGACGAUGUCUCACCAAGCCCCGAGUCUAGGCGGGAUGCUUCUCCAUUCGACCUUCCCAGCACGCCCUCAAAAUUGCCAGACUCAGUGGUCUCCACAGAACAGUCGAACGAAGACGACGACCUAGCCUCCCGCUUUGCGGGCUUGUCACUACCGUCGGUCCCCUUGGGGAUGAAAUCCAACAAGACAACAUCAUCUGCAUCAAAGCCCAAGAUAGGCUUUACCGACGAGGAAAUUGAUACGUGGUGCAUUAUAUGCAACGAUGACGCUACCCUGCAGUGUAUCGGCUGUGACGGAGAUCUAUAUUGCACCAAUUGUUGGAUAGAAGGCCACCGAGGCGAGGAGGCCGGGUUAGAGGAGCGCAGCCACAAGGCCGUCCAAUAUGUCAAAGGGGGCGGGAAGAAAAAAGCGCCCAAGAGAAAAGUCAUGAUGGGUGCUUGA